AUGGAUAAAUUUGUCACCAAAGUUAAGCGUACAAUAGUGGAUUCAUCUUCACCCAUGACAUCAAAGAAAGAUCGUGCAGAGAUCGAUUAUGAAAAUCUUCUUGCAGACCUGGGGUUACGAUGUUCAAUAUGGGAUUAUGGCCCUCAUGAUAUAGAUCGCGUUAGGCGUUCAUACUUACAGAAGGGUCCUUGUCAACCUAUUUGCCAUGAAUUUCCACAAACCCUUAUGGUGGAUGAAUUAAGAAGGUUCAAUAAAGAUUGGUUUGAUCAAUACUCUGAUUGGUUGGAGUAUAGUGUAGCAAAGGAUGUAGCAUAUUGCCUCUAUUGUUAUCUUUUCAAACCCAAAAGCAAUCAAGGUGGUGGAGAUGUAUUUGUCGGUGUUGGGUUUAGCUCUUGGAGGAAGAAAGAGAAGUUUGACCAACAUGUUGGGAAACAUAAUAGUGCUCAUAAUCAAGCAAGAAGAAAGUGUCAGGAUCUCAUGAGUCAGAGACUUACUGUAAGUAUUUCUACUUUGUUCACUAGUAACACAAAUAAAUGCAGAAUUGACUAUCGAACUCGCUUGAGUGUGGCUACUAAUUGUAAAAUCAAUAGUUCCUCUUUUGAAAAUGCUUCUAAAAACUCUCAGUUGGUUUCAUCUGAUAUUCAGAAGGAUCUUUGUAUUGCUGCUGCUAUUGAGGUCACCAAUGCCAUUAUCAAGGAUAUUGGAGAAUCACCAAUUACUCUUUUGGUUGAUGAAUCUCGAGACAUAUCAACCAAGGAACAAAUGGCAAUUGCUUUGAGGUAUGUUAACAAAAAAGAAAUGAUAGUAGAGCGUUGCAUUGGUAUUGAGCAUGUUGCUAACACCACGACUAUCUCACUCAAGGCUUCUAUUCAAAAAUUAUUCUCUCAACACAAGUUAAGCUUAUCAAGCUUGAUUGGUCAAGGGUAUGAUGGAGCGAGUAACAUGCAAGGUGAAUUUCGUGGUUUGAAAGCACUUAUAUUAAAUGAGAAUCCUUGUGCUUUUUAUAUUCAUUGCUUCGCUCAUCAACUUCAAUUGACUCUUGUUGCCAUGUCAAAAAAUCAUGCUCAAGUGGAGUUUCUUUUUGAAAUAACUUCAAAAAUCAUGAAUAUUGUUGGAGCAUCUUGCAAAAGAAAAGACAUUCUCUUAGCUAAGCAGAAUGACAGAGUACUUGAAGCAUUAAAGAAAGGAGAGAUUCUUAGUGGAAGAGACUUGAAUCAAGAAAUUAAUUUGCAGCGACCGGGUGACUCGUUGGGGCUCACAUUAUGGUACAUUAAUUAG